GCACUUUUUACGAAUGUCAAUGCUAAAACCUGUUUUGAUGGAUAGUUUCACCCUAAUUAUAGCUCAAAUAUUCAAAUUUACUCCCCUGCGAGUGUGCCAAACCGCGCAUGAUAAAAUUCCGGGAUCUAAAUUGGUCAAAUUAUCAAAUCGGUCAAAUCUUGGCAAAUUAUCAACAAAUCAAUUUGUUUAUAUUUGCAGUAUCUUUCAAAUAUAACUGUACAUUUGGCUUAACCUCAAUUUCAACCUUGCCUUUGACAGAAAACAGAAUCAGGUACUAACCUGGCACUGAAAAAACCUCGAGGUUCUAUGUUUUCUUCGCUCCUUCAUCUCAUCCUAGAGAGUAUUACAGUUUGGAAAAGUAUUCAUUUGAUUUGGAUAAGGAGAGUAUUGGCUGCAUGAAGAUGAAAGAUACUUAACACGUUUGUAGUCCUCAGAAAAGGUUCACACAUUUAAAUGCACAUCUUAAACCCCGAGAGGAACAUAAAGUGAGAGAAUGAUUAAAGAUUAGGCCCAAACCUUUGUCCAAAAUAUUUUUGUUUUGACGAAAGCUUACUCCUUGCGUCACCGUGCUCAGAAACAUCUAUACCUGAGUGGAAAAAUUGAGCCACGUUGCCGCUAAUUAAUCGCAUUCUUUGACAGGUUUAAGCCUCAUAUCCAAAUAAAACUCUUUAUCAUGACUAUUCAAGAUCUUUAAAAUUAACUGAAAAAGUAUCUUUGUGAUCAUAUUCUAUUCUAUUGAUAAUGUUUUGAUUAAGGGCAGCUAGAAACAAGGAGAAAAAUUGGCACAUUUUGAAAGGUGAUCCAAGAACAUCCAGAAGACCUGGUCUGUGACCUGUGCUGCGAACAACAACAACGAUUAGGGAAGCACACAUGAAGUACUUGAGGUUCUCAGGAAGUUCUUCGUCGAAAAAGGAUAACAGAAAAACACAAACAGAAAAAAACAAGAAUACAGGAUAAGAAAGCUCUCCUGUUAUAGAAUGGUUUGCGAUAAAUGUCAGAAAAAGCUGGGAAAAAUUGCCACUCCAGACCCUUGGAAAUCUGGUGCUAGGAAUACUGCAGCAUCAGGUGGCACAAAGCUCGGCUCCAACAAGCUUCUUUCAAAGAAAGGAAGAUUCAACCCGUACGGCCAGUUUAAUAAAUGCAAGAUAUGCAAACAAAGCGUGCAUCAAGCUGGAUCACAUUAUUGCCAAGGAUGUGCAUAUAAAAAAGGUAUAUGUGCCAUGUGUGGUAAGCAGGUUCUGGACACUAAAGAUUAUAGACAGUCGUCUACCUAGAUUGCCAUCAGAGCAGUGAUGGAAUCUAAAAUCUCAGUCUGUCUUUUGUCUCCUUGGAUAGAAAGCCCAAACAGAGAUGCACAGGAAAAGAGCCCAGUCAGUUACUUGCUACCUACUUGAGCAACAGAAUUCCUGGGUGAAAUUUUCAAUUAUGAUGAAAGCAUCCGUAAAUAUAUGAAAAAUAUCACACAUUAAGAUGAGCCGCUAACUAAAGACUCAGGUUCAAGGCAUCUCAAAUAUUUAAAUACAUGCUUAACUGCUUAUAGAAGCAAGACAAUUUCAGUUUUAAUUCCUAUUCAUGUAAUCCUUGUGGGGAAGCUUCUUGACAAUAGUUGUACAGGUUUCUUCGAUGUGAAAAUGGCGUAUUCAUCGAUUUGUUUUCUUUUUCAUGUUAGACUUUUUAGAUUGGAUAAUUAUUGCCAUUUUUAUAAAGUAUUAAAUAUUA